CGGGCUAGACUAACAUCAUAUCACGGAGACAAGCGAGGAGGAAAGUGCUGAUAUUUUCCGAAGGACGAGUAUAGAAAGCUAAACUGUAACUUUUUCUUCGUCUUACUGAUAUAUUUAUACCGUGAUAGUGUCCCCGAACCAAACGAGGCUUAUGUCUUUAAACACAUGUUAUUACAACUGAGUAGAAACUAAGUUGACGACCAACGAACGAAGUGAAUUAGCACAACGGCUAGUGAUGCUAGCGAAACACCCGCGGAUAACUCUUCUUUGUACAAAUGUGGAUUUAUGUGCUAUUUUGAGGCAUUAACGGACGUUUAACACAUCCCGGCAACUGUCAUGGACAACGUGAGAGCACCACGCAGUCCCGAUGAGAAUGAAGAUCCAAACGCUAAAGAGCAAUGCAAAGAUAAGAAGGUUUUGUGCAAGGUGAAGUGGUCACGCGAUGAGGAUGAAAAACUGAAAAAGCUUGUGGAGCAACAUGGCGCAGGCUCCUGGAAAUUAAUAGCAAACUUUUUUCCUGGGAGGACAGAUGGCCAGUGUCAGCAUCGCUGGCAGAAGGUGCUCAACCCCGAACUGGUGAAAGGCCCGUGGACAAAGGAGGAGGAUCAGAAGGUCAUCGACUUGGUCCAUAAGUAUGGCCCCAAGCGUUGGUCUGUGAUCGCCAAGCACCUCCAGGGCAGGAUUGGCAAGCAGUGCCGCGAGCGCUGGCACAACCACCUCAACCCCGAGGUGAAGAAGUCCUCCUGGACCCAAGAGGAGGAUCGUAUCAUCUACGACGCCCACAAGCGUCUGGGCAACCGCUGGGCAGAGAUCUCCAAGCUCCUGCCUGGACGAACGGACAACUCCAUUAAGAACCAUUGGAACUCCACCAUGAGGAGGAAAGUGGAGCACGAGGGCUACCUUCAAGAUGGCUGCCCUAAGAAUUUCACGUCCUCAUACAGCGGCAGGAAGAGGCGCCAUAACUCGCCGUGCCCCCCGCCGACUCCGACCGAGGUGCAGCGUUGCGACCUGAGCCCACCGCCUCCUUUGGCGGAACCUAACACGAUGGCGGGAUGUCCUUUUGAUGGGCGCCCCCUGAUGGACAAUUUUGAUUUCAUCUCUCCGCCCUGCCAGGACGAUCCCGACAGAGAAAAGAGAAUAAAAGAGCUUGAGUUGCUGCUUAGGUCAGCAGAGAGCGAGGUCCAACGCAGAGUUCCCUAUGCCUCAGAGCAGUACUCGGCCUGGUCCGACGGAGCGUCUGAUGACACGCUCAGCUUGGAGGAGCAGGUGGACAGCAGCUUCUGGGCCAAGGCGGAGAACUGCACAGGAGCUUCAUCCCAAAUUUCCAUGUCCCCUAGCAAGUUCUCGGCUGUGGAGGCCAGCACGGUGCUGUCCAGCAUCAUUCCAAACUUGGCUGAGACCAUAGAGCUCAUUGACUCAAUGUGCUCGGCUCUGCAGGACCACUCGCCGCGCUGGUUGAGCAACGGAACAAGGUGUGACCUCUCGAAGACGAAGCCAAAGCCAGACCAGCCUGCCUUCGCCAUGCUCAUUCAGGAGAAUUGCUUGGGACAUGCGCCGCCUACCUUCUUCAAGUCGUCCAUAGCAGCAAGGAAGAGGAGGAGACACGGAGGAGAAACAUCUCCUCUGUGUGACAGGACUUGCUUUUCCUUUUUGGACAAUAUCUCAGAUUCACCCAAGAAGACACCGACAAAGCAGUCCUGCAACAUAUCAGGUAUGGAAUCUCUGAAUUUGGACCACCCGACACUCACGUCCACUCCUGUGUGUGGACAAAAGUGCUUCCUCACCACGCCGCUGCACAAAGAGUUCACGCCCAAGCACCAGAAGGAGAAUGACGGUUACAGAACACCCAAGUUUUGUAAAACUGUCAUGAUUCCAACACCAAGGACCCCGACGCCGUUCAAGAACGCUUUGGCAGCUCAGGAGAAGAUGCACGGCCCACUAAAUAUAGAGCCACAGCCUCUGGCUUUUCUAGAAGAAGACAUCCAAGAGGUUCUGAAGCAGGAGACGGAAGGAGCGGACAUCUUUAACAGAGUGUGGAAACAAAGCACGGAAGUUCCGGCUCGAAAAGUACGCAAGACCUUAGUCCUGGACGUUUUUGAAGAAGACUGCCUGAAUGUGCAACUGUUCCAGGAUCAGCUCAACAACGCUCAAGUUCCUGACGAGAGUCUACUGACUGGCUCCUCCCUCAGCUCUCCUACCGCUGAGCAACAGGAGGAGGAAAAUCAGGAGGAAGUUCGCCGUCCUUUUUCUCUCCUAAAGAAUCCUCCUCAUGUUGCUGAGAACAGGGGCUGCAAAAUGAAGAUGAAGCCCACUGGUCACCACAAAGCCGGAAAGCACAGAACAGCACAGGUGAGUGAGUGGGAAGCAGUGCUCUAUGGGAAGACCGAAGACCAGCUGAUCCUGACAGAACAAGCCCGCCAGUACCUGAACCCUUACCCGUCCUCUAGGCCCACCUCCAGGACCCUCGUGUUAUGAGCCUUUUUACAGACAAUCCUGCCAAGGACUGGAAAACUUUUUUUAUCACAAUACUAACUUUCACCAAACACUUUAAACGCAGCAGGACAGAGAAACGGCCAUUUUUGUGCAAAAAGGUCCUCUGACACUACCUCCAAGGUGGACCUCUGCCCUCGUUGUGUGUGCUGUCUUCCUUUUUAUAUACAAUACAGAGCGAAGGCCAGAAACAAAAAGGAGCUGGUAAAGCCAACUCUGUGUGACUUCUGCACUACUGUGAAAUAUUUAGUGUGCUUCUGUCUCAAGGAGUACACCUGCAGAGCACUUGUCUUUUUGUCAACUCAACGUCCAGCCAGUCGAAUGUAUUUGUUCAGAACAGGAAAGGUACCAUGAUUGUGUGUUUGUGUUCUAUUUAUUAUUUGUAUUACCAGAAGCUUAGAUAUUAAUAUAAAAAAGAAAAAGUAGUCUAACUUUGGAUACCCUCACAGAGAAAAAUUUGUUUUAAGUUGUGUAUUUAUUGAAUGUCUACUAAUUUAUUUAUUCUUUAAAGCAAGACAAACUAUUGGCCUACAGAGUUACAACAUGCACUGCCUCCCAAAACAAAUUCUUCUGAUUUCUGAUCUUACAAAAAUUGCACUUUUUUUCCUAUUGAAAUGAUUGUUUGUUUUAGUGAAGUUAUUUUUGUUCUUAAUCCACUGCUGUCAUGAAUUUAACAUUUCUAUAUCACUAAUUUGACGCUCAGUUUACAGCAGCACUACUUAACAUCUACACUAAGUGUCAUAUUGGCAUUAGGGGGAUCCGGCUUUAAUAAUAAUCUGGAUUAUCCUGCACUAAACCUGACAUAAGAAGGGAAUCUUGUCAGAUAUUUAAAAAAAAUGUCAUAUCUGUUUAUAGAUUUGCUCUUUGUUGUUUUCAAGGUAACGGAGAGCAUAUCAAACUACUGCAACAAGGAUUUUACAUAUUGUAAUGCUGGAUUUUAUUUGCAAAGUAGGUACUUUAUUAAUAUUCUUGUUCAUUUUACCUGCUGAUUGGUUAAUAAAUGCAUAUGUGACA